UCCCCUAUACGAUCCCGUGUGUUUUCGGGAGUUACGAACAUUUAACCUCAAACCCAUGGCCAGGUAUUGGGAGAUGGGAGAUGGUAUUGAGAACCAUCAACAUCAACAAUUCAACAACAUCAACCUCUGUGACUUGAAAAUCGUGACUUCGAAUGCUCCUGACUAUUACAAUUCCUUAGUUCGCGCUUGUAGUUAUUUCAAGGACAAGAACUCUUAAUUAUACACGUCCUUAAUUACAUGAAUUACAGUCGUAAUCAUAUCUACUCAUCAAUUUUCUCCUCUGGUCUAUGCUCAUGGACACUUCAGGAGUUAAGUUGGUCAAUACUCAGCUUCUUACUGCACACCCAACUCCAGCAGUUCAUCCUCUGACACUGAAUUAAGUACCUGUUUGUGUGUGCAUGACGCUUGGUCUUUAAGAUGGUUCAUUCAAUUUCCAACAAACAUGUUUUGCUGCGAAGUGACAUUUGGAGAAAAGAAAGGAUGAAGCUUGAUUUCAUUUUGAGCUCAUCGCAGCCCUAAAGGUAUCUCAUUGGAACUGGUGCCUGAAGAAUAUGCUUAAAUCUGGUGAUAAGUAUAUUUUUGACAAGUGACUCAGAGAAUAUAUAAAAAAAAAAAAUGGAGACUGUAAGUGAACUCUCUUGUAACAGUGGUGUUCUCUUCUAUGGGUGUCAAUUCUGCUCCAAAGUUUUUCCGAGGAAGACCAGCUUGAAUCGUCAUGUAAGAGUAUGUUCUCGGAAUGAUAAUGCCAAUAAAACUCUUGCCAAAUGUGAAGUUUGUGGUCGGCCGUUUAAUCGAAUAGAUAAUCUGAAAAAGCACUUGAAAAAUUGCACAGCUAGGGUGACACAAAACAAGCAGAUGAAAAAGCGAAGUUGCCUGUAUGAAAACUGUGAAGCUAAUUUCUACCAGAAAGAAGCCUUGAUUCAACAUCUGACCAAUAUUCAUCGUCAUAAUUUCGAAGAAACGUCCCGUUUGAACUUUCAAUCAUAUGAAGAUUUUAUUAGCUGGAAAAAGCAAAUUGAGGAAGAAACAUUUGCACAUUUCAUCAAAGUCAAUGGCAAAAAAGGCGCUGUUCAAUAUUUUUACUGUCAGCAAGAUGGUGAGAGAGAUAAAGUACAGUGCAGAAUAAAUUACUCAAAUUUUAAGGAUCAAACGAAAACUGGAAAAACUUGCAUUGCAUACAUGAAACUAAUUGAACUAGAGGGAACUAGUUUUGACGUAUUAUUUCAGCCCAUGCACUGUCAUCUACUUAAACCAAGAGAAACGAGUCAAAAAUAUGCCGAUGAAGCUUCAGGUGCAGAAGAAAAGCCAGCAGUGGCAGAGUCUGUUGAAGUAAUUGAAGUAACAGAGUUAUUGGAUGAUACAUUAAUAGACGUUGAAAACCACGAGGAUUUGUUACUGGUAGAGAGACUGCCAGAUAACGAGACAACGGUCAUUAAUAUUGUUCAAAAUUGUCUCAGGGAAUGUGAUAGUCCUGUCAUUCUAUAUAAAUCUGAUAAUCCAGAGGUUUACGUAGGGCCGGAAGAAUUUCAAGAUAUGUCCGUUAUGGCUGAUACUUUUAUCCUCGGCAUCCAAACGAAGGAGCAGCGCGAAAUGUUCGUCAAUGGCUGUCAAGUGGCUCUGUCACUCGACACAUCUUACCGUAAUGAAGGGAGAUCGUACCAAAUUUUGAACUUGGUAGUACCAGAUGAGAAAAUGAAUGAGUAUCCAGUUGCUCAUCUCAUCACAAAUAGUAUGAGCUCAUCAGUUUUGAAAAUCUUCUUUUAUUCGAUUCUGUUUCACUGUCAAGAUGUAACAAUAAAUUGCAUAAUUUCAAAUAACGAUCCCGAAUUGAAUGAAGCAAUUCAAUCUGUUUUUAGCGAGAAUGUGCGGCAUGUGUUUUGUAUUUGGAAGACUUACAAAGACUUCUUGCUGAACCUUUCACAGUUUGCGCCUGAAGAGCUUCACUAUGAAAUGUUUCAAGCUUUACAAUCUGUAGCUCAUUCUGAUAAUGAAAUUGUUGCCCGUAACAUAUUAGAAAAUUUCAAAGAAUUGUACUCUGAACUUUCGCCGAAUUUUUUAGAAUUUCUGUCAAAUUAUGAAAAUCAUUUGAAAAAAUGGAUGCUGUGUUUUAGAGAUUUCAACAAUUCUGGCAUCAAUACAGUAAUGCUCAGCGAGGCUUACCACAACAAAAUAUUAAAACACAUGAGGCGGAAAUCAAAGUGGAAUUUGGAAGACUUCAUUAACCUUCUACUUGAGCUUGAAGAAGACGACUACCUCCGAAGAGCGAACGAACAAAUCCUAGGGGUUUCUUUCGGUUUGAGCGAUCCUGGAAACAGUCGCCAUGAAGAAGGGGUCCUUAUUCCUGACGAUGCAGUUACUUUCUUGUUUCAGGAUCAUUGGGAAAUAAAGUCGAGUACCAACAUCAGCAAGUUUCAUCUGGUAGUUCGUGUAAAUCAUGAGUGCACAGCUGAAUUGUGCUACAAAACAUGUUCUCACUGCCACGAGCUUUGUGGUCACCUAUACUAUUGUACAUGCACUGAUAAGCACCCCAUGUGCAAACACAUUCACAAAGUUCAUUUAUUUUUUAUUGGCUCCCAGAAAACUACUUGUGAAUUAAUUGGACCAUUAAAGCCAUUCGAUGGAACAAAAGCAAAGCCAGUUAUUGUUGGAGGAUUCAACCUAGCGAAAACCAAAAGCUCUCAAGAUCCGUGUGAAAUUCCUCGGAAAGUCGAAAUUACUGGUCUUUUAAGGGACUUGUCAAGCUUACUUUCUGACAAAGACUUAUCAUUAGCAUCUCUAAAGUCUACAGAUGAAAGACUAAGAGAACUUGUCGACCUGUGUAAAGUAUCCGUCUUAGAUUAUCAGAGGAACUUAUAGCAUUUUACGAGCACACAACGUUCGGAUUUCUGAGAGAGCUAGUUCAUAAGGUUUAAAUCAGGAUGUUGUUUAGUCAACGUAAACUUACACAAAAAUCUACCAAGCUUGUAUCUUUUGAGAGGUUUUUGAAGGCAAUGCCUUUCAGAAUUGAGUAUGCCCCUGUGAAAUACCAAAAAACCCGCACGAUCCUAAUGGGGAAUCUCCCUCCGGUUAAAUCUGAUGAAACUUGGGUAUAUUUUAUUUUUUUUUUUUUUUACUACUACUUCAAAUACCACACAAUCCUUGCGCUUCCAGUUAGAGCCCCUCCCCCCUCCAUUCCUACCAUGUACCAGCCCAAGGCAACCGUUGUUUGAGACCAUCAAACUCGGGUCGCCUAGCCGGGAAUCGAACCCGGGACCCCCUGAUUGUAGAGCCAGCGCCACAACCACUACACCACAGGAGGCCGAC